CUGCUGUCAGAAUUUAUUUGCAUAUAAAAGCGAUUGGACGCGUCGAACGCACUCGCGCAAACACACAUCCUCCAGAUGUCAAUCGUGACCGAAAAAAGCAAAAGUACGAGUAGUACACAGUAAAAUAAUCAUUUAGUCUUCAGUGUUACAGUGGCUGUCAAAAGCGUCACACGGAUAUGGUUUUCGUUGUAUGUCGAAUGCGAGUGGGAAGUUUGGAAGACGUUUAAAAUUCGUUUUUACGUCGUCGUCGCGCGAUUGAAACGUGACUGUUGUAUGGCCGAACGUAUUUUAUGUUGUCAGAUUUCAGUGCUGUAUGGCUGCAGUGAAACUGAUAAUGCGGCAUGCUUAAACAAUAGAGCGAAAAAAGCAACAAUAAUAAUACAAUAACAUCUCGGCGUGUAGAAAACAACUACAUCAACAACAACAAAAAAUUAGCGUUCUUAAAGCGCCUGCUAGUAAUACGAGUAUUAUCGCAUGCAUUCUAUGCAUUUGAGUGUCAUAUUAUGUAAACAAAUGUGUGAUUAUGAAGAAAAGCCAUAAUUUGUUUCAAAGAAAAGCUUUUUAAACAUUCAAAUAAUUGCAGCUCUGCUAAGCGUGUGUGCGUGCGCCAGCAGAUAAGUGUAUUAACGAUAAUCGAAACGGAAUGAAAAAUGCGCUCAACCAAAAGUGAUAAUGCGCUAGAGCACCAACUAUGGCAGCAACAACAACAUCAAAAUUCGUCUUCAUAUGGCGCGAGUCAAAGUUUCAAUAGUCAAAGCCCUUGUUUCAAGUAUCUUUCAGAGAGGAUAUUGAGUUGCCUUGAUGCUAAAAGAGCGACAAGUAACGUAACAACAACAGAUACAGUACCAAAUAGCGAAACAUCACGGCAAGUGCAUCAUUUACUACAAAGACAUUGCAUAGCUUUCCCUUCAAUACACCAACGCUCUGCGCUCAGUCUCAGCGAUUGCCUAUGGUUGCGCUCUAGUCAACUGCUUCUGCGCCGCAAAUUCAACUCGGCGGGUUAUCAGCAAAGUUCAACGGCAACUAGUGAAACGAAAACCACAACAACAAAAGUCAUUGUUAUCAACAUUCACACCACUUCGCGCAGUCAUACCCGUCAUCCACACACCAACAUAAAUACCAAACGCUGUCUGACGCGUUCACCUUCCUUAGUCCUACUUAGCCUACUGUUGUUGUGGUUUUCGCAUUUAAUUGGCAGCUCGUGCGCCGCCCCACAAUCCUGUGUACUCUGUGAUAUUAAUGAUUUCAAUGAUCGGGCGUCGAAUACACACACCUAUGAGGAAUAUCAUUUUGAACAUCAAGUGACGCGACAGGAAGCGAUCACUGCAUUGAAGACGUUCAAUGUCAGCAAUUAUGGUGAACCCUCCGGUUGUGCCGUUAGCUGCUCGGAGAAAGUGAUGAAAUAUUGCCUGGGGCCGCAAUUUAUCAACGAUCACUGUUGGUGUGAACUGGGGCAUACAGAAGAGGGUCUUCCAUUUGUUCCGCACAUUUGCUAUGUGGGUGAGAAGCAUUAUAAGGCUACUGUGGGCUCUUGCUAUUUCUAUGAGCAGGUGAAGGAGUGCUGUUGUGCGCCAGUAUUGGUUAAGCAAUCUUCUUCUUAUUUUCUUACAGGGCGCCACAUAUCUGCAGCUUCUCGACAAAUGAACGCUGGUUCCUUACUGUUGCUGACCAUUUUAUCACUAAUUUUCAAUGCCACACGCAGCCGUACAUGCAAAUAAGCUUUAAGAUUAAAACAGAAAAUUUAAGUUUAAUUUGAUGCUUUUGAAACAUAGCAUAAACUUAUAAUAAAAGCUUAAAUACGAGUACUAUUUACACGAAAUAAUUCGAAGCAUAAGCAUGCAUACAUACGUACAUAUUAGUAGGCGUAACGGAAAACAAAUGUGUUAAAAUAAUUUUAAGUGAACUUUGUAGAAUCAAAAGUUAUUCUGAAAGCUUUUUAAAAAUAAGCAAAAAAGUAAAACUAUGCCAUAGCAUGCAUAUAUAUAUCUAUAUCUCGUAUAUAUAUACAUAUAUAUGUAUAUGUUUUCCUUCAACUCAUAUGAAUUUACGUUCUCUGUCUAGUGGAGCACAGGGCGUCAUAUGUGAAAUAUAAUUAAAUAACCGCCCCCGUCUGAUAGGAAUAUGCGGAGUACAUCAUUCAAUCUCAUCGUAAUGUACCACAGAUAAAUUGUUGUCAUAAAUGGAAGCUGUUGUCAUAAUUCAUAAUUUAAAAGUGUUUUUAAAUAAUUUAAAAUUAAUGUACGAGUAUAUGUAUGUAUAAGUAUAUAAAUGUAUUGGUAUAAACGACUUAAAAACGAAACGAAAUCAAAAAUGUAUGAAUGUGUAGUAGUCUAGAGUUAUACUAAUUUCCUGUAAAUUAAAAAACCAAAAAUAUUUUUGUAUAAAUAAAGUGAAUGUCCAAAGAA